AUGAAGAAAGAGCUUGAAGAUCUAAAAGCUCGUGAUGAAAGCAAGAAAAAACAAUUUGAUAUGUUAUAUGCUGUGAUUGAAGAUUGUUUGGGAGUCAAUGUUCAUGCAGCAUAUGAUGAUGUAGAAAUCCGAAGAGCUAAGGCUCGGAGGAUGGAAAGACAGAGAUUGGAUGCAGAAUGUCACACCCUGAUUUCCACAGCAGAAACCGUUAAUGCUGAAGACAUUGAAGCUCAUGAUGCUGAGGCUGAACUGAAUGCUGAAGAAAAUCCUGUUGCUCCUGAUCUGCUGUUUACUCUCUUUGGUGAGCCAAAACCGUUAAUCUACACCAGAGAGGAGAUUUUGAAAAGAAUUGAGAUAGCAAGACGUCGUCUGGAGGCAAAGAAAGUUAAAGUUGCCGAAAUUGUUGACGAUAAAGAAGACGACGAAGACGAAGAAGAUGAUGACUUUAAAGACAUCGAUGAUUAUCACUACGAUGGUGAUGAUGAUGAUGAUGAUAAUAAUGAUGAUAAUGAUCAAGGUGGUGCAGGUGGUGCAUUGAUUGUGAGACCAACAUGUGUUGAUAAUAUUGAUGAUUAUUUGGACGAUGAGCGAAAUGAAGAACAUGAAGCUCAACGUCAGGGGGAGUCUACUUCCGGAUCUAAACAAGCUGCUAUUCAUCAGGUACCCUCCAAAACUCCUAAAGUUAUUUACUUGACUCAUGAUGUUGAAGAGGGGGAGUUAGUUGAGAAUUGGUCGAUAUCGGAUAUGUUAGAUGCUCUUGGUCUAAGGGAUGAGAAUCUUCAGUUUGAUAUAGAAGAUGAAAUACCAGAAGGUUCCGAUGAAGACUAUGUGUUCAAGCAUGUUGAAGAUGCUAAUAACUUCGAUGAUGUAGUCGUGGAGGAUGAUUCGUUAGAUUCAGAUAAUGAUGUUCCGCCACACUAUGAAGGUCUUGAUGAUGACUUCUCUACAUUCUCUGAGUUGUUUAGAAUUCAUAACGAAGAUGAUUUGAGAAGGAAAGUGGCAGAAAAGUUGACAACUGAAGGACCUCCAAAGGUUCUCACUAAAGAAGAGUUAAGAAAAGAAAGAAAGAGGUGGUUCAGGAAGCCUGUUGUUGAAGAAAGAAAGUUUAAGUGA